AUGGUUGCGAAGCAACACGGAAACCCCUUGUCCCUCCUCUAUGUGGUGCUUGAUGGAGGACUGAAACCGAGAAAUAAAAGCAAGAGCAGUGGUGAGGGGUGGUCGUUGGGGAUGUUACAGCCGACCAGUAGCGGUGUCGUUGGUCCAGAUGAGGCUGGUGGUGGUCGGACUCCAUUUUUUCUCAAUCUUAAAUCUCCAAUUCCUGUCAUGGAUUCAGUUCAUGGAAGGUCUCACUAA